AUGGCCGGAGAUGGAAAAGUUUUAGACUUGUCAGAGCUUUCUCAGCACAGAAGCCGCCAAGAUUGCUGGCUCCUCAUCAACGGCAAGGUCUAUGAUGUGACCAAGUUCUUGGACGACCAUCCUGGUGGCGUUGAUGUACUUUUGUCUGCUUCAGGGAAAGACGCAACUGAUGAAUUUGAGGAAGUGGGUCAUAGUUCAUCUGCAAAAUUUUUGUUAGAUGAGUUUUAUGUGGGUGAUAUAGACUCAAUUCACUCAACCAAGGCCAAGGAUUCCAGUACUACAACUUAUUCGAAUCAGACCGAGCAGAAUCAGGCUAACAAGAACUCUGAGUUGUUGUUGACUAAGUUCUUUCAGUAUCUUGCUCCUCUUCUAGUCUUAGGAUUGGCUCUCUAUGUUCUUCUUCUCCAUGAGAAUUGA